CGCUCACGUCGCACACGUGUUGGACUGUAGAAUUGUAAACACGCGCUGCAACUCUAAGCAAGCGCAUAAGAUGGGAGCAACUAAAAAUAUGGACUUGAUAGGCACUAUUGAAGAUGAUGCCGAGGUGGAGAAUCUAUCUGAAGACUCGGACGCUGAAGUAGAAUAUCAACCGACCAAACUGAGACACAAAAAGGUGACCGAGUUCGAAAAAGGUUUUGAAUUUGUAUCGUCCGUCAAGGAAUACAAUCAGGACACUUGGGAUGAUCUGAUGAAGUAUGUAAAGCGCAAGGCGCGCACAAAGACAGACGAUAAAAUCGCUGCUCGCCUACAGAAGCGGGGAGGAGCGGAGGCGGUGGCUGCCGAGCAGAGCGAUGAGGAGAUUGAUCUAUCCGAGGAUGAGCUCCAGCACGAUAAUCUGCGACUUCGCGAAAAGAAACAGAGCAAGAAUAAGAAGAAGAAGCAAACGGAUGAGGACAACGAAGACGAGGAGGGCGAAAAAAUGCAAUUUGAUGACACUAUCGAGUCAAAUGAGUCAAUUACUUCCUUCUAUCAAAUGAAUCUGUCGCGACCGCUGAUGCGUGCCAUCGGUGUCCUAGGCUACAUCUAUCCCACGCCCAUCCAGUCAUCUACCAUACCCAUAGCACUGCUCGGCCGUGAUGUUUGCGGAUGUGCAGCAACGGGAACAGGUAAAACGGCUGCCUAUAUGCUGCCCACAUUGGAGCGACUGCUGUACCGACCGCUCAACAACAAGGCAAUUACCCGGGUGCUGGUCCUGGUGCCGACACGUGAGUUGGGCGCCCAGGUUUACCAGGUGACCAAGCAGCUCUGUCAGUUCACCACCAUUGAUGUGGGUCUGGCUAUUGGCGGUCUCGAUGUUAAGGCUCAGGAGGCUGUGCUCCGUCAGAAUCCGGACAUUGUCAUUGCUACGCCGGGUCGUCUUAUCGAUCACAUUAAGAACACGCCUAGUUUCAGCUUGGAUUCCAUUGAGGUGCUUAUAUUGGAUGAGGCUGAUCGUAUGUUGGAUGAGUAUUUCGCUGAGCAGAUGAAGGAGAUUAUCAACUCCUGCUGCAAGACACGCCAGACAAUGCUCUUCUCGGCCACCAUGAGCGAACAGGUCAAGGAUCUGGCCGCCGUUUCGCUGGACAAACCCGUCAAAGUCUUUGUCAACAACAAUCAACAGGUGGCCUACAAUUUGAGGCAGGAGUUUAUACGCAUACGCGAGGACAAGGAAGGCGACCGGGAGCCCAUUUUGGCGAGCUUGAUAUGUCGCACCUUCCACGACCAUUGCAUGGUCUUUGUGCAGACCAAGAAGCAGGCACAUCGACUCCACAUUCUGCUCGGUCUGUUGGGCGUUAGAGCCGGAGAAUUGCACGGCAAUCUGACACAACAGCAGCGUUUGGAGUCGCUGAAAAAGUUCAAGGAGGAGCAGAUUGAUGUACUGAUUGCAACCGAUGUGGCUGCUCGUGGUCUCGAUAUUGUGGGAGUCAAGACGGUCAUCAAUUUUGUAAUGCCCAUUACCACGGAGCAUUAUAUCCAUCGUGUGGGUCGUACAGCUCGUGCCGGACGGGCGGGCAUCUCUGUGUCGCUGGCCGGUGAGAAGGAGCGUAAGAUCGUCAAGGACAUCAUCAAGAAUGCCGAGAGCAGCGUCAAGAAUCGCAUUAUACCGCCAGAAAUCAUUGAGAAGUAUCGCAACAAGCUGACAGCUCUGGAGCCCGAAAUACAAAAUAUUCUGGAUGAAGAGCAGGCGGAGCGUCAGCUGGCCAAAACGGAGCAGCAGUUGUCAAAGACAGAACGCAAGCUUCUGGGGCAGCCCAACGAAAGACGCACCUGGUUCCAAACAAAGCAACAGCGGGAGAAUGAAAAGGCUCGACUAUCGCUAACCGAUGGCGACGAGGCCACCAAAGCAGGAGCGGGCAGAGGCAAAGGCAAUGGCAAGACGGCGGGCAAACGGAAGCGACCAGAGUAUGGUGGCGAUGGGGAGGAUGGACCGCCGGUCAAGGAGUUUGAGGCCAAGCGCAAGAAGAAGAAGGAAGAGCCCAGAAGAAAAACGCCCGAACAGUUGGCCAAGGAACGCGCCAUGAAAGAAGUUGAAAAGGUGUCGCUUGUGCGCGCCAAAAUGGCCAAGCUACGCAAGCGUCCUGGCAAACUGGGUGCAGCAACGGAGACUUCGAAAUAUUCCGGAUCCGCUGCCUCCGGCGGCAAGGCCAAACGACGUGGUGGACAAUCCGCCUUCACCAACGAUCUAACCGAUGUCAGUCGCGGCGGUGCACUGCGUCUGAGAUCCGAGGCCAAUCGUCACAAGAAGAUGACGAAAAUUGCGGCCAAGAAGAAAACCAGCAACGUUAAGUUGACCAACAAGGCGGGCAAAAAUAAAUUCAACAAGGGCAAAAGCUUUGGUGGUCCGAGAUUCGCCAAAAAGGACAAAAAGAAAUGAAAUUGAGGCGUGUUAAGAACUAUAUUCAAAUAUAAAAAUAAAUUUAUAUUAUAAUUAAUAA